AAUUUUGGCCAUUUCUCCCCCUCCUCAGUCAUCCUUCAUCUGCUAUAACCCUUGGCCAACGACCUCCGCCGCCGGAAAAUAUCUACAUCUCCGGCCACCGACGGAUUUGUACAAUAACGUAUUUAAUCUUCAUUAUACAUCUGAACGUAGGAAAUGGAGGUUCUUCGGUUUACCGCCGUGAAGUCAUUGAAUUCCUGCGUCCGUCCUGAAUUCACGGCGACGAGUUCCGUCAUUGUUCCUAUUAACACUGUGAAAGUUUCCGGAAUGAGGAAAAGCAAAAGGAAGGCGUUUAUUCGUGCUAAGGCGACGGAGAUCUUGUCAUCGCCAGCUACGGUAACGGAACCGUUGAAGGCGGAGCCGGUUGAGGCUCCGGUUCCGUUGCUACGAGUUUCUCCAAGCUCAUUGCAGUGUGAGCCGGGAUAUUUGAUACCGAAUACUCCGGUUUUAGGUACUGGUGGUGUGACCGGGUAUGAGUAUUUGACAAACAUCUUGUCAUCGAAAGUUUAUGAUGUAGCUUAUGAGACGCCUUUGCAGAAAGCUCCUAAGCUGUCAGAAAGAUUGGGAGUUAAUGUAUGGCUUAAAAGAGAGGAUCUUCAGCCGGUGUUUUCGUUCAAAAUCAGAGGAGCUUACAAUAUGAUGGCAAAACUCCCUAAAGAGCAGUUGGAAAAAGGGGUUAUAUGCUCAUCAGCUGGAAACCAUGCACAAGGUGUUGCAUUAUCUGCUCAGAGACUUGGCUGCGAUGCUGUGAUUGUUAUGCCUGUUACCACACCAGACAUCAAAUGGAAAUCAGUUAAGAGAUUGGGUGCUACUGUUGUUCUUGUUGGGGACUCAUAUGAUGAAGCUCAAGCAUAUGCCAAAGAGCGGGCUGAAGCUGAAGGCCGCACAUUCAUCCCUCCUUUUGAUCACCCAGAUGUCAUCGUAGGGCAAGGUACAGUAGGGAUGGAGAUAAAUCGCCAACUCAAAGAUAACAUUCAUGCAAUCUUUGUGCCUGUUGGAGGAGGGGGGCUUAUAGCUGGUAUUGCUGCUUAUUUGAAAAGGGUUGCCCCAGAUAUAAAGAUUAUUGGAGUUGAACCACUUGAUGCAAAUGCGUUGGCAUUAUCAUUACAGCAUGGUCAGAGAGUAAUGCUGGACCAAGUUGGGGGUUUUGCAGAUGGUGUAGCUGUUAAAGUGGUUGGUGAAGAGACUUAUCGUCUCUGCGAGGAAUUAAUAGAUGGCGUAGUCCUAGUUGGUCGUGAUGCUAUAUGUGCAUCUAUAAAGGACAUGUUUGAAGAGAAAAGGAGCAUACUAGAGCCUGCAGGUGCACUUGCUCUUGCUGGAGCCAAGGCAUACUGCAAGUAUUAUGGCCUCAAGGGUGAAAACGUCGUAGCAAUAACUAGUGGAGCCAACAUGAACUUUGACAGGCUUAGAUUGGUAACAGAACUCGCAGAUGUCGGUAGACAGCGGGAAGCUGUUCUUGCUACUUUUAUGCCAGAAGACCCAGGAAGCUUCAAAAAGUUUGCUGAAAUGGUAGGACCAAUGAAUAUCACUGAAUUCAAGUACAGAUACAACUCUGAUAAAGAAAGAGCUCUUGUACUUUACAGUGUUGGACUUCACACAAUAUUAGAACUUGAAGGAAUGGUGGAGAGGAUGGAAUCAGCAGAUCUGCAAACCAUUAAUCUUACAGACAAUGACUUGGUCAAAGAUCAUCUUAGGCAUUUGAUGGGUGGUAGAACAAAUGUUCAUAAUGAGCUUUUGUGUCGAUUCACUUUUCCCGAGAAGCCUGGUGCUUUGAUGAAGUUUUUAGAUGCUUUCAGCCCACGUUGGAAUAUAAGUUUGUUUCAUUAUCGUGCUCAGGGAGAUACGGGUGCAAAUGUGCUAGUCGGGAUCCAAGUUCCACAGGAUGAGGUAGUUGAGUUUGAGGGACGGGCAAACAAUCUUGGUUAUGAAUAUGCAGUGGAGAGUCUCAAUGAGGCAUACCAGCUCAUAAUGCAUUGAAAAAGGUGUUGCCUGUUAUGGCUUGUUCUGGGACCUCAUUGCAAAGAAAUAACGUGGUAUUCGCCAACUUCACUUUCUCCUGGUUAGUCAGAUAUUCUGAAUCCUCCUCGUCAAUGGAAGAUGCCUAUUUCAUACACAACCAGUGUACUAGAUGAUUUUGGGCUAGUCUUUAUCUUGUGUAUAUAAGCUAUUUGUGUGUUAUCUAAAGGCCUCUACUUUCAUGAAUAAACCAUUUCACUUUAAAGCUAAUAUUAGGAGUUCUUUGUUCUGUUUCUACUUUGGCCUUCAAUCCCAACUUCAUCACGUUGUUCUAUUAAAAAUAUCUUUGUUUUC